AUGGCCUACGACUGGUACAUGGCCCUCUGCCAGCCCCCCGACCCCCACCCCAUCCUCAUGAGCAGCAGAGUCUGCUCACAGCUCAUCCUCACCUGCUGGCUGACAGGGUUCUCCAUCAUCAUGCCUGCCGUCCUGAGCAGUCAGCUUCCAUUCUAUGGUACCCACGUCAACCACUUCUUCUAUGACUAUCUACCUCUAGUGGAGGUGGUCUGCAGUGGGCCAAAGGUGCUGGACAUGGUGGGUUUUACCUUGGCCUUGGUAGCACUGCUCAGCACUUUGGUGCUGAUUACCCAGAUCAUCCGGACAAUUGACAGGAUCCCCUCUGUCCUGGAGAGAAAGAAGGCUUUCUCCACCUGUUCCUCCCACAUCAUUGUGGUCACCAUGUGCUAUGGCAACUGUUUCUUCAUGUAUGUCAAGCCCUCUCCAGGCAAGGGGAUCUAUCUCAACAAAGGAGUGUCUCUAAUCUAUACAAUCAUUGUCCGAUUCUUGAACCCCUUCAUUUAUACUCUCAGGAACCUACAAGUUAAGCAGGUAGUGAAAGACCUGCUCAGAAAAGUGGUGUGGCUCCAAAAUAAAUAA